AUGGAGUAUGACGAAGAGAUUGAAGAAGCUGGGCCGCGGGUCACGGGCAUUGAAGUUGGAGGCCGCGACAGGAACGGACAUUCCUUUCAGCACAUCCAAGCCACGGGGUAUGCACGCAUACACAAUGGCGACGUGAUUGUUAGCGGUGGGGGCGAUUAUAUCUACAACGAGCGAAGCACGGAUCCUGACCUUGUCGCUGCUGCUGUGGUGAGACAGCUGGUCGAUGAGGGUACUAUUGUGCAGCUUGCUGGACUCAUGCAGCGAGCUCAGGCCUCCAACACACCCAUCCAUGAGGCACGAAAUGCGCCUUCCUCAAGACCGCAUUACCAAUUUCCGCGGCCAGGAAACAAGGGGCGGUCCAGAAAGUGGUCGCUCACCCUGCGACCUUGGAUGGUCUCCCAUAUUUGGCAAGCCUCGGUCAAUCGCUCAUAUGCCGGAUGGGAUGCAAGCAUACGAACGUGGAAUAUCGUUCCCUUCCGAUCGGCGAUCAUGGAAAUGGCUCGGCGGGGAGACGUGCGCGGCAUCCAAAAGUUGGUCGAUUGUGGGCAGGCGUCGCCGUUUGAUGUCGACGAACUCGGCUACAACAUCGCAAUGGUGGCCGCCCUCUACUCGGGCCUCUACCCUGGCGUCUCUUCCGCAGUGACCCGCUACUUUUUGGACUCGACCCAUUCUGAUCCGGGCGAACUGCUCAAAGUCGACAUCCGUAGCGCUGAUCCCCUCGAUGUUGAGGGCGGGUGGUAUGAGACGUUGAUCCAUGACUUUGGGGCUGAUUCAAGCGACCUGAUGGACCCURGCCCCCCUCCACUGUGGUGGUGCAUGCUGCAACGCAUCGAGUCCGUGAACAUAGUGUUCCAAUCCCUACCGUUCGCGUAUAGCUCCCUAUCGCCAGGAGAAAGAUUGAGCAAGGCACUUGCCAUAAGAGACCCCAAUCUCUCGCUUUUCAUUGCUGCGACUGGCUACGAAGCCGACCCUGGUGGACUUGCAACGGCGACGACGCCCUGUUAUGGUGAGACGGCGAUACAUGUCAUUGCGAGGCGCUUUGACCCGAAUAGCAGCGAACGCGACGAAUACUGCACUUUUUUGAAGCGUUUGGUCCAGAACGGAGCACAUUUGCAUGCGUUKCAGUGGGAUGCGUGGGUUGACAUCUACAAGACUCCCUUUAUGAAACUUCUGGAACGGGACAUCCAACGUGUGGGUUCCUGGCUAGACUUGCUGGUGUCUGCUGGCGUUGAUCUUGAGGGUUAUGGACGMAAAGAAUUCGAAAUCUGGUCGUCCGAGUCAGCUUACAGACCCAUCACAGCCGGUGUGAAUGCAUGUCCAAGGCGCAGGCGCUUUCACGAGGAUUUGGACCGCAGUUACACCGUGGUUGGGUUUGACUAUGGCUCGUCGCCGUCCGACUGGAGGCUCAUCGUGCAACCGUCCGUCACCAUUCCGAUCUACACCAGCAUUUCGGUCCCAGGAUCCUGGGUCGAUGAGUGUGUGGGUGAGAAGAUUUGCUGGAUGCCUAGUAGCGACGACGAAUCUCACACCUUUUGGGCCAAGGAGGACACGGUACGUAUGCAUUAUCGAGAGCGAGUGUUGCCGAACCAAGAUUUGUGGGAACCUCCUCCGGCCCCGAAAAGCGAUCAAGGGACAUACGAUGACGCCAGUCCAUCCGUACUGAUGCUACUGCGGCCCCGUGCAUGGACAUGCCUGAGGAAACGUGGGCAGAGCCAGCCCCCAAUGGACCGAAUGGCGAAACACAGAUGUCUCGGCGCAGAGGCUUCAUUGCGUAGAGAUCAUCGAAGCGGGCUCCACUGGUGUAACUUGACGUCGAAAAGCGCSUUGCACUUCCAGAACUAUUUCUUCACGGACGAGGAUGCGCGAGAGUGUGUGAGAGGACGCCGCGAGGACCAUGCCGACUACUGGCAACGACAUUCCAUCAAGUUUGAGGGGAUCAAACCUGGAGACUACUUCAAUACCUCCCGUGCCCGCAAGCAGAUAAGAAUGGUUCGGCUUGUAUCGGUCAUUGCCGGGGGAAUAGCUCUCUAG